GCUCACCUCAGUUCACCUGAGCUUCAAGCACCCCCGAUAUUUCGGAGUGAGUCGAUCAUAACAAAUCCGCACCCGUGACUCUACGCUCUUUCUCUCCCGUCACACUAUUUUCUGUUCAUUUAUUUAUUCUUUCUUGCCUCAACUCCAGAGCAAGUUAUCUGUCGGAGCUAGUCACCUUGUCCAUUUCCCCCGUGAACCAACAUCCUGCUCACAUUUCCGUCACUGACCUCUUCAACAUGCUUCCCGCUCUGCGCAUCGCCUCGCGCCGUGUGCCUGCUGUGCGCCGGUCUGCGGCCUUCUACGCCGCACGAGCUGCUGCUUCCACCUGGGCCAAUGUGCCUCAAGGUCCUCCUGAUGCCAUUCUAGGAAUUACUGAGGCCUUCAAGGCUGAUUCUUUUGACAAGAAGAUCAACUUGGGUGUUGGUGCUUACCGUGACGACAAGGGCAAGCCCUACGUCCUCCCCUCCGUCCGCCAAGCCGAAGAGAAGGUCGUCUCCAACGGCCUGAACAAGGAAUACGCCGGCAUUACUGGUAUCCCCGAGUUCACCAAGGCUGCCGCCAAACUCGCUUACGGCAAGGACUCCUCCGCCCUCGACCGUCUCGUCAUCACCCAGUCCAUCUCCGGAACUGGCGCUCUGCGCAUUGGCGGUGCCUUCCUUGCCCGAUUCUACCCCGGUGCCAAGAAGAUCUACAUCCCCAACCCGUCAUGGGCGAACCACGGUGCCAUCUUCAAGGACUCGGGUCUUGAGGUCGACAAGUACCGCUACUAUGACAAGAGCACCAUCGGCCUCGACUUCCAGGGCAUGCUCUCCGACAUCAAGGCGGCCCCCAAGGGCAGCAUCUUCCUGUUCCACGCCUGCGCCCACAACCCUACCGGCGUCGACCCCACAGAGACGCAGUGGAGGGAGAUCAGCGACGCUGUCAAGGACGCCGGCCACUACGCCUUCUUCGACAUGGCCUACCAGGGAUUCGCCUCCGGCAACACCGACAAGGAUGCCUUCGCUGUCCGUCACUUUGUGAGUGAGGGCCACAACAUCUGCCUUGCCCAGUCCUUCGCCAAGAACAUGGGCCUGUACGGCGAGCGUGUUGGUGCCUUCUCUAUCGUUACCGCCGACGCCGACGAGAAGAAGCGCGUCGACUCCCAGGUCAAGAUCCUUGUCCGCCCUCUGUACUCCAACCCCCCUAUUCACGGUGCUCGUAUUGCUGCCGAGAUCUUGAACGACCCUGCCCUCUACAAGCAGUGGCUCAACGAGGUCAAGGAAAUGGCCGACCGCAUCAUCACCAUGCGUGCUCUGCUCAAGGAGAACCUCGAGAAGCUCGGCAGCAAGCACGACUGGAGCCACAUCACCAGCCAGAUCGGCAUGUUCGCCUACACUGGUCUCGAGCCUGCUCAAAUGGACUCUCUGGCCAAGGAGCACAGUGUCUACGCCACCAAGGACGGACGUAUCAGCGUCGCUGGCAUCACCAGUGACAAUGUUGGCCGCCUUGCCGAGGCCAUCUACAAGAUCAAGGGUUAAAUGUACGACUGAUAUGAUAAAAUCCAGGGGCGUUCUUGAUGUGCGAUAAGCGGGAAAAUGGCUUGCUCUUAGAUCUCUUCAUAGACGCAGGAAUGAAUUGGCCUACUUUCUGGCCGUGAUGACGACAAUGACUUGCCUACAGCUGCCAGUAAUGCAUGAUCCAUGAGGGUUGCAAUUCUGUUUAGUCCAGGACAAC